AUGCUCGCACGCCUUGGUCUGGUAGGGCUUGUGGCCACCUGUGCCUCAGGGGCCUAUGUGCAAUGGCAGGGCUGUGACGGCCCUUCAAGCAAGACAGAUGUCUUCGUUCCCCAGAGUCUGAGUGCCACUUUGGUGCCGUCAGACGAUGGUCGUCAGAACCAGUUGGCCCUACGUGUCGGGAGAUGGAUGGAGGAAGCGGAGUGCCAGGAAUUGGCGCGAAGGAUGCCCUCGGCAACACUGGAAUUUGAAAUGCUGGGGCGGUCUGCUGUGUUUCAUACCAUGACCAAGAUAACAUGUCAGAAGCUCAACUUCUCCAAGAAUUGGCGCUCGCCACUGGUCAACCCUGUCAGCCUAUAUCUAUCCAUUUCUGAAGAUGUCGGUCAUCUGCCGCCAUUGUCGACGUUCCACACGACUUUGCACCUCGAGGGAAACGACUCGGAGGAGAUUAGCUGUCGAGAAGCAAACAUCACUCCAGCAUUAACUUCAACCAUCACCUCAAUCAUCACGUACUCGACAUGGUCCAUCUUUCUCUUUGUGCUCAUUGUCGGCAUUCUACGCUCUGCCUACAGCACACCGAUUACGCUGGACGAUGUGGAUGACGAAGAACGACGCUCGAUCCGGACGGUCCUGCCGAACGUAGGGGAUUGUCUCCAGUACCUUCAGUUCAUCUUCUUGACUGGCGGGCUCAGUUUGCGGUAUCCCGGGUUCUACCAGCCGGUAGUCAGCCAUCUCAACUUGUUUUCGCUUUUUAUGAACGGCCCUAUCACCCACGGAGUGAUGUAUGACAGGGUCGAGGACGGCAUCUACGUAUUGAAUGGCACCUACGGCGGUACGUACGGCCUGGAACUCAUGACCCAGAUCGCCGGCGCACCAAUGACAAUGGACACUUGGCUGAACAUGGUGGUCAUCAUGUUCAUCAUUGCCGGUGGUGUCGCUUUGGUCCUGGAAGUCGUCUGGUUCGUGAAGCGAAGCCGCGACUCCGAUAGUGAGUCUUUACGUUCGGUCGGCGGUAUUAGACACACGUGCAGUCGUGUCUUGCGUGGUAUCUUGUCAUAUUUCAUGUUUCCGCUUGCUGCCUUGUCUUUUUAUCAGCUCGAUAAUGCCUCGAUCCUACCCGCAUACCAUAUAUCAAUGGCUGUCGCACUUAUUCUUGGCAUGAUGGCCGCUUUCAUCUGGCUUAUCCGAAAGAUUCCUACUCGCAGCCUAGGCGUUCUCGUUUUCGAUAGCACUAAGCGUUAUCGUCACCUCCACGCCGUGGACGAUGCCCGCCGCCGAGAUGGAACUUUCGUUUUCGUCUUAUUCGCCCUCACAUUUGUCCGGGGCGCCACCGUCGGUGGUCUGCAGAUCUCCGGGCCAGCUCAACUGGCCGUCCUCGGUGCCUGCGAGCUUGUGCUCUUGGCCAGUAUUGCCGGGUUCCAAGCAUACUCAACAUUCUCCAUCGGCAGCAUUGCGGCCACCAUUCGGCUUUGCAGCUUGGUUUUCCUAGUUGUAUUCUUGCCCGGGCUCGCGACAACGAACGGUGUCAAAAGUGCCGUCGGGUACCUUCUUCUAGCUGUUCACGGCGGUAUGCUUUUACUUGGCUUCUUUGUUCCUGCUCUCUGUGAGCUUUCGAAACUUGUCGAGGGCUGGUGGACAGCACCGCAACCUGAGGUAAGCUGA